AUGGCUUCCACAUUCCCUUCGGACAGUUUGAUUCGUUCCGUGGAGAAACCCUACUUCUACCGCGAGGCAUACCUACCUGCGCCCACAGUACAGAGUCAUGCAUCCAAUCUACUCCGAAUGCCGAAUGGCGACCUGUUUUGUGCCUGGUUUGGAGGCAGUCUAGAAGGAAAGCCCGACAUCAGCAUCUAUCUCUCUCGGCUAAGGUGCGGGGAGAGCGAGUGGACGGAAGCGUCGAAGAUGACCCAUGACGACACCCGUAGCGAGCAGAAUCCUGUUCUCUUUCACGCACCUACCGGAGAGCUGUGGCUUCUUUACACCUCCCAACAUUCUGGUGACCAGGAUACAGCCAUUGUAAAGUAUCGGGUGUCAACGGAUAGCGGCGCGACAUGGGGCGAUGAAAAGGUCUUGUUUCACGACACCGGUACCUUUAUCCGGCAGCCAGUGGUCGUCCUCGAGGAUGGAGCUUGGGUAGUUCCCGUCUUCAAGUGUCGUGUGCAGCCGGGGGAGCGAUGGUUGGGAAACGAUGAUAUUUCCUGCAUCCGGGUGUCAAGGGAUCAGGGUCGCACCUGGACUGAAUCGGAGAUCCCUGAAAGCACGGGAUGCGUGCAUAUGGAGAUCCAACGGUUGAAGGACGGAUCGUAUUUGGGCAUGUUUCGCAGUCGCUGGGCUGAUAACGUCUACCUAGCUACCUCGCCAGACGGUGUAGUCUGGAGUGCUCCGCAACCGACGUCGCUUCCAAAUCCAAAUGCAGGCAUUUGUUUUGAUGUGCUACCGUCCGGAAGAGUAGUAUUGGUGUAUAAUCAUUCAUCUAAGCUUGAUGCUUUAGGGAGGAGACAGGGCUUGUAUGACGAUAUCGCUGAUGGGGUAGACGAAAGAAGAAAUCAGGCGUCAGCGAAGGACGGCAGGGAGUCGUUUUGGGGGUCACCACGGGCUCCCUUGUGUGUUGCCUGGAGUGAUGAUAAGGGGAAGACAUGGAAGCAUCGAAUACUGGAGGAUGGGGAUGGGUAUUACUUGACGAACAACAGCGAGAAAAAGCUGAACCGGGAGCUGUCGUAUCCAAGCAUGGUUUGUGCUGAGGGAAUAAUCCACGUUGCUUAUACCUUUUGGCGACAACGGAUCAAGUAUGUCCAGUUCAAGGAGGACUUCUUCGAAUAG